AUGGAAUCAGAAGAGUUCGGGAGUUCAGUCCGCCUAUUUGCUUCUAUGGUGAAGUCUGAUCAAACCAACAAAAUCUAUAAUCCUAACUCCCCUUUUCUUUUGAAGAGGGGAGAUUUAAGGAAAGUUUAAAUUCACCUUAUAAAAUUUUAUUUAAACUAUCUGAUUUUUAAUAUUAAUUCUGAUAAAUUUUGGCUAAAAAUUUAAAUUAAUUCGCAUGUGUGAGCAACGGUAGCUGCUCGCUUCAAAGAUGAGAGUAAGCACCCUCCUCACGUAGAGAGACCAAAGGCAAAACUCACAGAGCAAGCUGAAGAAGUCGAUGUGUCAGCAGGAAAUUAUGGAGCACUCCCUCUGAUCCAAUCUGUUGACUACACGCACAAGCGCUAUUACUCUCUUUCUGAGCUAUCUCUUAGUGUAGCAGAACCAGUUUGGAUCCGCGCUCGCGUCCACAAUACCCGCUUCAAAGGAAAGCUUGGCUUUAUCAUCCUCCGUGACACUGUCCACACUUUUCAAUGCACCUUAUUCCUUAGUGACCAAGUUUCCAGAAACCUCUUGAAGUUCGCUUCUGAUAUUACUAAAGAAUCUAUCAUAGACGUCUACGGAACCUUAAAAGCUACUUCUCAGCCAGUGCAAAGCUGCUCAAUCAACAACAUGGAACUGGAAACAACCAAAGUGUUCGUUGUCUCAAAGUCCCAGGCUUCCCUUCCAUUCCAAUUGGACGAUGCAGGCCAGCCAAUGACUCUCGAGCAAGCUGAAAACGAAAGAGAUGAAGAUCAAGCAGAAGAAGGCGGAAGAGCCAGAGUGUCUCAAAAGCUAAGACUUAACAACAGGGUAAUCGACUUAAGACUUCCUACAAAUCAAGCCAUUUAUAGAGUCAGUUCAGGAGUCUGCCAAUAUUUCAGGGAGUUUCUAAUUCAAAACGGCUUUGUGGAAAUCCAUACUCCAAAAUUGAUCCCAGGAACAAGCGAAGGAGGCACUGAGGUGUUCAAGGUAGACUAUUUUGGAAGACAAGCCUGCUUGGCACAGAGCCCACAGCUUUAUAAGCAGAUGGCUGUCAUGGGAGACUUGGAACGAGUUUUUGAAAUUGGACCAGUUUUCAGAGCAGAAAAUUCAAACACUCAUAGGCAUCUAUGUGAGUUUGUGGGGCUUGACUUGGAAAUGGCAAUUAAAGAGCAUUACUUUGAGGUACUUGAAAUGAUCCAUGGGAUGUUCAUCCAUAUUUUCAAGGGCAUUGAAACUCAUUUCGCUACAGAAUUGCAGACCAUUUACAAGCAAUUUCCAUUUAUCCAGCCAUUUCAAUACACAGAGAAGCCAGUCUGGUUGACUUUCCACGAAGCUGUAGCUUUGCUAAAUGAAGCUGGAAACCCUCAAUCAGUCCAUGCAGACUUCAACACAGCCACUGAAAAGCAAUUGGGAGCGAUCGUGAAGGAGAGAUACCACACUGAUUUCUACGUGGUUCAUAGGUAUCCACAAGAAGCGAGACCAUUUUAUACUAUGCUUUGUGCUGAUGACCCUGAGUUCACUAAUUCAUAUGAUAUUUUCAUGAGGGGAGAAGAAAUCAUUUCCGGAGCCCAAAGAAUUCACGAUCCUGCUAUGCUUAGACAGAGAGCAAUAUUUAAGGGAAUUGAUGUAAGCACCAUAAAAGAUUACCUUGAUUCCUUUAAGUUUGGAGCCCAUCCUCAUGGUGGCUGUGGAGUUGGCCUUGAGCGCGUUGUCAUGCUCUUUGUGGGGCUUAAAAAUAUCAGAUGGACAAGCAUGUUCCCUAGAGAUCCUAGCCUCCCUUUCAAUAAUAAAUAAUUUAUUUUGUUGCUCAUUCAUUUGAAAGGUAGAUUUUUUAAUAUAUUUAUGUACCAUUGAAAUUUUUUGGAGUUUAUAUUUUCAAAUUAGAAAAGUUAUUUAUUAAAAUUUUUACUCUAUAAUUCUUACAUCUGAAAAUUUCCACCUUGGCAUUAUACUGAGAUAAUAAUUAAAUAAUUAUGCAGGCAAUAUUUAUAUAAAUUUUUGCUAGUUAACUAAUGAAUAUUAUCUAAGAUUUUCACUAUGCUGCUUGUUCUCUAAAGGGGGAUAAGAGAAUUUCUCCCUAA